CCGGAGGGCCAGCUUAUAGCAAGCGGGCUCCGCUUAACAUGGCUGCAACCCCACUGGACUAUACUCUGACGAAAUAUGCCUGGCAAGACGUUCCAGGUGGCCAUCGUAGGAGGUGGCGUCUGUGGCAUAGCUUGUGCUAUCGCCUUGCUCAAGGAAGGAAUCGACGUACAAGUCUACGAGGCUGCGUCAGAAUUAAAAGAGAUUGGGGCAGGUAUCGGCAUCAGCCCGAAUGCGAAGCGUAUCCUCGAAGCUCUGGGCGUAUGGAACGAUGUCAUUGCCCGUAUUCUUCCGGGCCGGAUGGCGAAACAGCAUUCACCUGUUCAAUCUCACACUGGUGCAGCACCACGAGAGAACACAUGGUUUCAGUUCGUCUCUGGUAUGCCGGGCCAUAAAGUUCUUGCCGAUUGGGAUUCUGUAGGGCGCGAACAUGUGUCUUUCGGCAUCCACAGAGGCAUGUUCCUUAACGCUCUGCUGCUCCACAUCAACCCCGAGCGUCUGCACCUGCGCAAGCAUUGCACACGCAUCACCACUACUGAGAAGGGAGUCACCAUUCAUUUUCAGGACGCGACGACUGCCUCUGCAGAUAUCGUUCUUGGUGCAGAUGGGGUACGAAGUGUAGUUCGACGCUUCGUCACAAACACAUGCGACGCCGCGGAUGAUCCGUACCUCAAAUUUAGCAGGGAAGUUUGUUACCGAGCACUGAUCCCUACCAAGGCCGCUGCUGCCAAGGGAGUCACUAUGGACUUCAGCAAACGGCCUAUCUUCUUCGUCGACGAGAACAGGCAUAUGACCGUAUAUGCCAUUCAGGGUGGCGCCAUGAUAAACGUGGCGGCAUUCGUCUCAGACCCUGACUCUGCGGCCGAGCACUAUCCACCCGCUUCCCAUUCUAGAGUACAGGCAGUGGCCACCAGCGAAGUUCUGGCGGCCUAUCGCGGAUGGGGUCCUGAAGUUACGAAUCUCCUUUCCUGCGCCGAGAAGCUUGGGAAGUGGGAGAUCAACGUCGUUUGUCCGGCGAUUGCACCUGGGAAGUGGACGAGAGGCCGGGUGGCGAUCCUUGGCGACGCGGCUCACGGGAUGCUCCCCCAUCUCGGCGCGGGCGCUGGUCAGGGGAUCGAGGAUGCUUACCUACUCGCCAAGCUCCUCGGCCAUCCACAGACUACACCGGAGAAUGUCGCGGAGGUGCUCCGCGUCUACGCUGCAGUUAGACAACCUCGCGCCCGGAAAAUCUGGGAGGGGAGCCGCCGUGCGGGGGACAUGCUCGACGGUCGGACCCAUGGAAUUCAUGUCGACGAGCUUCGAGACAUGUGGAACUAUGUCUGGAACCAGCCACUGAACCUCGAGUUCGACACGGCCACAUGCAUGCUGCAGGAGAAAGGUACUUUCGCGAAGUCUGCUCUAUGAGGCUCGAGUUCCUUGUUUGUAGAUUUCCGCGACGACUGUACACUAGACUGCUGGGCAUU